CUUAAGUAUAAUUUAAUAAAUACAACCAACUUAAGUAUAAUUUAAUGAAUACAACCAACUUAAGUAUAAUUUAAUAAAUAGAACCAGCUUAGAUUUAAUUUAAAUAGAUAUAUCUAAAAUGAACAAAACACCCAGACACCACACACCCUCUAAUGCACAAAGUAGAAACCGUUGUCGAGGCCCGUCUUUGGAAAACCCAUUCAGCAAGUCGACCCCCAUGUCAAAAUGGUUGCAAAUUUCCUGAUUCUAUUGCAAUCAAGAUUAACUUUGAAAUAAUCAAGGGUCGAAACAGACUUAAACUCGGUUGCCAUUCCCAUAUUUUGGGUAACAACAAAAAAUCAAAUAUUUUACAAGAGCCUAUACCACCUACAUUCCUGCUGGCGUACUCCAACAUCACCUUGAUAAAGUUGUCCAUGUCGUAUCAAGGGUUCGCUACCUCACCACCAGCUUUCAUCUCAGUUCCUACGCUUCGGCGUAUCUUUUUCAAAACUGACAGUUUUUGACUUUUUUUUUUUUUUACUGCGGGCAUUUUGUUUGCGCCUGACGAUUUAUUUCAAAUUUUGAGGCAAUUACUAAAAGAAAACGGUGCGUGCACGAUGGUC